AUGUCCACUGCUGCGCUAGACAGACAGAUUCGCCCUAUUUAUGAUGCCCUAGAUACGGGUUCCAACAAAUCUGCAAUCGUUGCUUGCAAUAAGCUUCUUAAAAAGCAUCCCAAAAACGAGCUGGUCAAGGCUUUGAAGGCACUUGCCCUUGUUCGAUCGCAAAAAGUAGAAGAGUCGCUAGUUCUCUGCGAUGAAGUUCUAGAAGAAAAACCCACAAGUGAUGCUGUACUGACAGCGAUGAUGCACGUCCUGCGUGGGCUAGGCAGGCAUAAUGACAUGGUGACCAUGUUCGAAGAAGCGUACAAGCAACAACCCACAAACGAGGAGCUCGGUGUGCAAACCUUUUUCGCAAAUGUCCGUGCAAACCACUGGAAGUCAGCACAACAGAUCGCGACACGUAUGCACAAGCAGUUUCAGGAGGACCGAUAUCUGUAUUGGAGUGUUAUUAGUUCCGUUCUUCAGGCGAAAGAUGCUUCAACACCAAAAACGAUGCGCACAAUCCUUUACAAACUCGCACACAGAAUGAUCACCUCGUCUCCAACACCUCCCUACCUCAACGCAGAUCGGUUCCAUCUUCAUCUUUCAAUUCUCAGUGAAUUGGAGCUUUUCGACGAAGCUCGUAAAUUGCUCGACAGCGAAGUUGGCAGAAAUAUAUGUGCCACUAGUCUGUCGUGUAACGAAGUACGCCGGGAACUUUGGAAACGACAGGGACUGGUGCGGGAAGAAGGAGAGCGCGCCGAGAAGCUUAUUAAGGAGAAGGGGGAUCGCAAUUGGCUCGAAUUUCUGGCCGUUCUCGAUGCCACGUUUGAUUGCCUUGUCAUUUCUCCAACGGACGUGGCUCCGACGACACUGGAAGAUGCUAAAAAGGAGUGUGCAACGAGAGUACAAGAGACGCGUGUGCUUUUUACGCGGGUGGCAGAGGAGGACGGUUCCAAGGAUCGUUCCGGCCUUCUGGCUUUGUUGGAACUGGAAAAACGGGCCAGAGAUCAUGGUGUGUCUGAAGAACCUACUCGUUUGGUUGACCUCAUGGAGAGAUACUUCAACGAGAUUGGCGAUAAAGUAUGCUGCUUCGAAGAUCUAAAGCCCUACACUUUAUUGGGAAGCGAUGAACACUGCAGAUGGAUCGCUUUCUUAGAGCGCGUGCCCUCUAUGUUUUCGUCGAUUGACGGUCUUCGCAGGUUCAUCAAUGCAUACAAGUUCCUACGACAUUCCCUCACGUCCUCAGAAAUAACGGCGGACACGGAAUCUGCUCGCGUAGCUCUUUAUGCGAAGAAAUAUAUGGAAGCACUGCCAUUGGGAUCUGACCUGCCUACUACAGAGCUUCAACCCGCGGAUGAUUUGGUGCUACUGGCAGGGAACACGUUUAUCAGUCUUUGGAAGCUGACAGAGGAUGAUAACAAUCUGUUCAAAGCCGCUUCACUUCUUGAAUUUGCGUUGACGAAGAGCAAACAGUCCUUCUUGGUUCGAUUAAUGCUGAUUCGAGUAUACCGCCUACUUGGUGCCCCAAGCCUAGCACUGGAGCAUUAUCGUGCCAUGCACGUUAAGCAAGUCCAACACGAUACGUUGUCGCAUCUGAUUCUCUCACGAGCAUCCACCUUUUCCCUUGCUGCCAUGGGUGAUCUCACACUGGCGACCGAGUGCUUGGAAUCAACGCAAAUAUACCUAAGCAAUUCCCAAGAGACAGGCGACUUCGUGGUCCGAGCAUUUACAGGAGAAAAGUACUCACAGAUACCACAAUUUAUACUCUUUGAGGAUCGGCUCGAAAACUCUCUACAACGUGACACGGUAAAAGUGGAACACCUCCGCAUGCGACUUACCCAUGAACCGAUAACUUCUGAUAUAAUCGACAUGGAGUUGAUUGAACUUAAGUUCAUCUUUGACAGAACACAUCACGAUAACCGCGAUUUCGAUAUACUCCCGAGCUACCAACCUCGAAUAUCUCCAAACCUCAAUGAACUAACGUUGCUUCUAGGCAGGCCUGAAGGGCAUGGUUGGCUCUCCACGUUCCUCCAAGUUUAUAUUCGGGCGUUUCAACAAAGCAGUGACUUGGAUGACACCGUGGAAGAGAAGUUGUUAAUUGGCGAUCGACCAAAACAAACCGCCGACUAUGAUCGGCAUCUGUCACUUCGAGAGCGUCUCUGCGAGCAAAACGAGGAAUAUUUGAAAACUCUGACAUCGGAUGAGCUGGCAUUUGUUCACUACGCAAGGGCUCUUGCAGACUGGCUUGAGCCCUACCAUGACUAUACCCGCCCUCCUCCGGCCGCGGUAUUGGCCGAGGCUGCGAAACAAACAGAGCUUAAGACGGGACAUCCAUUGAAAGGUAUUGAUAUCCCGCCCAACGGCGCAUCUCACGGGCAGAAGAAAGACGAGGAACCUCCCGCGGUUCGGGACCCCCCUGAGCUUGUGGUUAAGCAUUUUGAGAAACUGAAAAUGCGAUUCGAGGAGGUUCAAAGCAAAUCUCCUGUUGAUGUUCUACAUGUUGCCACCCUUGCGCAAGAGGCCUAUUUGCUCUUUAUUAUUGAGAGCCUUCGUUUCAAACCUGCAUCUGUCGUCAAGGUCAACAAGCUCGGUGGUCUCGUGUCAAGCUUUAAAUGUAUCCGCACUGGGGCUAUUUCCGUCCUUAAAGAAAUAUCUUCGGAGUUGAUCAAAAGGGCCGACUUUGAAGGAACAUCGGAAGGCCCCAAGUGCUUCAUUGGCCUUGAAGAGCUGGAUCCUGAUUUUGUUCUUGGGUUAUCCAAGAAAGUGAUUGAUGCGCGUAAAAAAGUGUUUGAAGGAGUUGGAAAAGGGCUGGGGCGAAUUACUGCAACAUAUGCAUCUUAA